CUGAUUCUAGAAGUGUUUCACAGUUUUGGUAAUAUAUUUGUUAUUUCGCUCAGGAGUUUGCUAAUUCUUUACACCUUGAUAUUGCAUAAUUUGAAAAAUGUCUAGUGAGUUGGACGACACGCUAAAGAAGGUUCAGAUGCACAAGGGUGUCAUCGGCCUAAUCGUUAUCAACGGGGAAGGAGUGCCGAUAAGAUCGACCCUGGACACAAACGUGACGGUCCAGUACGCAGCUCUGAUCACGCAUUUGUGCGACAAAGCCCGCUCUGCGGUGAGAGACCUCGAUCCGAACAACGAUCUCACCUUCUUGCGUCUUAGAUCCAGAAAACAGGAGAUUCUCGUCGCCCCGGAGAAAUCCUACGUGCUCAUAGUGAUUCAGGUGCAAGACGUCCCGAAAGUCAAGACCGAAGAAGAAGCCCAAGCAGAAGAAGAAGCCCUUUUCUGAUAAUUAUAAAAAGCACUUUUUUAUUUAAAAAAGCUCUUGAGUAAAAAA